AUGGCAGAAGCUAUCGGGCUUGCAGCCAGUCUCAUCGGUAUCAUCCAGCUCGCAGGACUGACAGCAUCAAUCAGCUAUGGCUACAUUAGUGGUGUCAAGAGAGCUCCCCAAGACCUCCGCGACCUCACUGAUGAGCUCCAGGCUCUCAGCAAUGUAAUAGUUACACUAAAAAUACACACAGAUGAGAAUAGCGAAAUUCCCGGCUCGGUUCUGCAUAUGUUAGAAAAGCCGCUAGAGGCUUGUGCAAGGGAACUGGAGGAGCUGCUGGAGAAGCUGAAGAUGAAGGGGAUUAUCGACCGGCUAAAAUGGCCAUUGAGAGAGAAGGAGACUGCGCAAUGGGUGGAGAGGAUCGAGAGACACAAGACCUUCUUUAUGUUUGCGUUGAAUACGGAUCAAAUACUAGUAUCUCGAGAGAUUAAGACAUACGUGCAGGAAGAGUCUAUAGCUCAGAGGCGAUGGAGAGAAAGAGAUGAAUCUGUUAGAUUAGCUGAGAAGCGCAAGAAGGUUCUUUACUGGUUAUAUGAGGAUAGCUUUGAUACAAAACAUCUUGAAGUUAGUAAUCUGAAGCAGAAAAACACGGGUCAGUGGUUUUUGAAAGCGCCUGAAUUCCGACAAUGGUACGAAGCAGAGUCACCCUCUUCACUGCUUUGGGGCUACGGCAUCCCGGGGGCAGGGAAAACAUUCAUAAGCUCUGCUAGUGUGCAAAAGGAAUGUUCUUGCUGA